GGUCAGCGGCAGGAGGCACGCUGCCGCUAUCUGUCUGCACAGCUCGCAAUUUGUCAGAACGUACAGACUCACCAGUUCUGGUAAAUGUGGGUGGCUGACAGUAAAGUGUUUUGUUUGGAUCUAAAGCACUAUUACAUUUAAAGAUCUUAUUUCAGUGUUAUUCAGAAACACACUUGAUAGUCGCGCUCCGGAUAUUAAAUGCGAGAGGAGAUUAGUCGUCUGGCUGCAUCCACGAAAGGUUGAGGUUGACAUUUCUGAAGAGUGAAACAGUAGGUGUGUGAAAGGUGCAGUUGAAUCUCCUACUAUCUCUAAACUGUUACGUGGGCUGGGCUGGUGCUCUCUGACCUGGCUGACUGACAUGAAUCUUCUGCCCCAUUGAGUGUUUCCUGAUUGAGGAAAUCUGCUUUGUAAUCCUCCAUGAUGAUGCAAAAGCAGCCAACACGUACGACACCUGGAAGUGUCUGCUCUCUCCGAGGGCCCCAUGUGCCCGGGUCGCCAGCGGUUACCAUUGUGGCUAAGAUGGACAACCAGGUCAUCGGGUAUAAGGACCUGGCAGCUAUCCCUAAAGACAAGGCCAUACUGGACAUCGAGCGGCCGGACCUGAUGAUGUACGAGCAUCACUUUAGCUACACGCCCCUGGAGCUUUCGGAGAGCAGAGAGAGAUCCAUGUCGCCUCGCUCCAUCUCCCCGCUUCCAUCUCCUGAGGCUCUGCCUAAGGACCCCAGAGACUGGCUGGAGCAGAGAUCCUCCGGAGCCUCAUCCCCUGCCUCCACCACACAGAGCAGCAAGACCAGCAAGACCAGCCAGCAGAGCAGCACCUCUGCCAAAGCCCCCAACCAGCACCAUUUCCACAGGCCAGAAAAUGGCAGUAAUAUAUACAAGAAGCCACCAAUUUACAAGCAAGAGGCAUCAGCUGUCCCACACAGUAAGCACAUUGAGGAUCUGAUCAUUGAGUCCUCCAAGUUCCCAGCGGCUCAGCCUCCUGAUCCCAACCAGCCCUCAAAGAUAGAGACAGAUUACUGGCCCUGCCCACCCUCGCUGGCUGCCAUGGAGACGGAGUGGCGGAAGAAGGCCAUAUCGCAAAAGAAGGAUGGAGAGGGGGAUGGAGAGGGGGACGAAGAGUAUGACGACGGGGAUCUGUCGGACGACAUGUGGAGCCUGAGGCAGAUGCAGAAACAGGAACUAAAUAAGAUCCAGUCAAACUUGGGUAAGUUGAUCCUGAAGGAGGAGAUCGAGGGAGCUGCUCCUGUGCGCCGGAAAACCCGCUCUCUCCCUGACCGGACCCCAGUGCAACUAGGAUCCAAAUCCACUUCUUUUACAUCAUACGACAGAACUGGGGGCCUGGCACGGCUCCAGUCUGCUGAGUUCUCCACCUCCAAUGCUGAUAAAAAUGGACAAGCUUUUGAGAAUGGAGACACGUCCCGUGGGAGAAUGGACAGAGGGAACUCCCUGCCCACUAUGCUGGAACAGAAGAUUUAUCCCUAUGAAAUGCUCAUGGUGACCCAGAAGGGCAGAAACAAGCUUCCACCUGGAGUGGACCGGAUGAGACUGGAGAGACACCUGGCACCCGAGGAAUUCCUGAGACUCUUUGGAAUGCUCAUCGAGGAAUUUGAUCGCCUGUCCCUCUGGAAGCGGAAUGAUCUGAAGAAGAGAGUGUGCCUCUUCUAGCACAGGGGUGGGGGUAGAUGGAAAACAUUUCCACCUUCUCUCCUGAAAAUGAAGAGGAGCCAGAGCACUUCCUGUUCGGAAACCCAAAGGAGCAGAACUCACCCAAUCAGACUGAAUGCCAUGAGGAGCUGACCAAUCAUCACGCAGUACAGCUGGCACUGUCAAAAAGAGUCCAGAAUCCCUUUAAAAGCCCUUCUAUCAGGCCACAGCGAUCAAAUUAUACUCCAAAACUGUUUUAUCAAUGCCUCAAUAUUCUGUCUCUCCUCUCUGUCUCUCUUUAGCUUCAGUCGUAGUUAUACGCUAGGAUCCUGUUGAGAUGACAAAGGCUUGGGCAUUGCAGGGAAAGGCAAGCUAGCAACAGGUGUGAGGAGUGAUGGGAAAGCAGUAGCUAAUAGCUAUGAAUCACUGCUCAGACUGGGCAAGUCUGGGCAAGCAUGAAGCUGUUCAUGAGACCCCACAGAGAUCCUCAGGCCUGGCUCUAACCCAAUACAAGCCUCACUGUUCCAGACACAAGAGCACUGCCACUAGGUUAAGCCAUGACUUAAAAACACAAUGGUGACUUGUCUGUGACUGAAUCAUUAGGCAGACCAGGCCGCGCCCAUCAGCUUGCGGCAAUGCGCUUGCAGACAAGUUUCUGAGGUGUCGGAGGAAAUGGUUUCACCUGAUUUUCACCUCUUCGUUAUGUUUGAUUUAUUUAAACAUUUAAGCACACACGGACAUACACACACAUACUCUAGUGCUCUCUCUUUCUCUCCCU